AUGCGCAAGAGAACUGAAAUUGUAAGUCCUGAGCUAUGUGACGACGUUCUCUCCUACAUCGGACCCACACUUCAGAAGCACAGGAACUGUGAUAUCCUCGACCUGAACCCAGGAAUAGGCGUCUGGUCUUCCAAGAUCCAUGAAUAUCUCAAACCACGCACCCAUAUACUACUGGAACCACAGGCUGCAGCAUACCAAAACUAUUUGGACCCGCUGUUGGAUCAAGAGGGAUCUACGUACAAAUUGGUUGAAAAACAUCCACACUACUACACGACGUACGAGGAGCUCGUUAACGAGGGCUAUUUCCCUCAUCAGACAAAAUAUGAUGACGACGAUCCCCGGAGCGCUGAGCAAAACAACACGCUGUUAGUUACUGGGUGCUUGACAGUCAGCCCUAGGAAAUAUUCACAAAGGACUCAUUCAAAAGACCGCCACACUUUACACUCUCUCUUGUUUAAUGCCUGGGAUCAAAGAUUGGUUCACGCGUACGGAAAGGUGCGAAUACUUGUGUGGACUCAAAACAUCGAUGAAGCUGGGUUCCUUACGAAGAGCAUAUCGCACAAAGGCACUGAUCCCCUCGUAGUUCGUAAGCUAUUCAAUGUUCGCCAGGUAGUUGCACCAAGGCCUGGAGCGAGAGGUAUAGGAGUGUCAUUUCGGGAUCCGCGAUAUAAUUUACAAAGUGCGGCCAGGGUCGUCCAGUCAAUGCGAGAACUUGGCCUCAGCAUUCCACCUCAUAGGCAAAGUGUUCUCCACAAACUUGCGACCGAGAUAGUCGACAAGGGCAUAGAAAAUGGUGACUUGGGGAACGACGGCGCGAUACAGUUCGUGGAAGAAGCCGCACAUAGAGGCAUGUCGACUGAAGGCCUCCUGGGAGAACAGCACAGAGACAAGGUUUUUGGCGACAUUGCACUUGCAAAAGACCCAUCACUUCAAUACACCUUGAAGACUACGAAAAAGGGGAUCAAAGCGAAACUGACGAAUUGGGGCCGAAUGCAUGGUUAUAACACAUCGCAUGCAGUGGGGGCGAGCAGAAACCGCCAGAAUCGUUGCAAACGGGUCGAUAUGGGCAUGGAGAUAUACAGACUCGAGUGUGAGCUCACGAAGACUCAGGACGAAGCUGAGAAACAGAAAUUACAGGCAAAGCUUUCAAGCCUCAAUGAGGAGUUCAAAGAAGCGGUAGAAGACUUGGUUCCAAGCCAACGAGCUCAAAUUCCUCUUGAACUAGACGACCGUCUUGCUUUGAAUUCCUCAAUACCACCCUUGGAUUGGGAUCGACGAAAAUUCGAGCCCCUGGAGCACCGUCCCGAUGAAGUCUGGCCUGCCGGGAAAGUUUCUCUACUUGACUUCGAACCUAACAUAGUUCCGCACGGCGAAAAGCUCCCCGGUGACUUUAUGGAUUACGUCAAAUUCUUGAAAGGGUUGCAGACCCGAUAUAAAAACUCUGUUCUUCAGGCGCUUGAGAUAGUCGACCCUGGAGCCUCUGAACUGGUCAAAAGCGUUCCCGAGUUGUUCGACCCUACGAAGGGCGGGCGGUUGGACUUGAAUAAUCUUCGAGCACGUUUGCUUACUGUAGAAAUGGUUGAUGCGCUCUACAAGGCAUAUAUGGAGUGGCCAUUCAGAUCUUCAGAUCUGGCGACCAUAGAUGGGAGAAAUAAAAGACGGACGUGA